GGUAAAUAGCUUGUGUCGUUCGCUUGCUGGGGAUUUUCGUAUAUUUAGAGCUGGAGAGAUAGUUUAGAGUAAAAGAAGGGCAGAGAGAAAAGGUAGAUCUGGUUGGGUUUUGAUCCUUGAAGCUUCAUUCAUGGCUUCCAUGUUGAUUUUGAUUACAGUCUUCAUCUUUGAUAUCAUCGCCUUCGGUUUGGCUAUUGCUGCUGAGCAAAGGAGAAGCACUGCCACGGUUUCCCUGGAUGGUGAAGCAAACUAUAGGUACUGUGUCUAUGACUCGGACAUUUCAACAGGCUUCGGUGUUGGUGCAUUAUUGUUUCUCAUGGCUAGUCAAGUCAUUAUAAUGGUGGCAAGCCGAUGCUUCUGCUGCGGAAAGCCUUUGAGUCCCGGAGGUUCAAGAGCCUGGGCAAUUGUACUUUUCAUGGUCUGCUGGCUGUUUUUCUUGAUUGCUGAGAUCUGCUUGCUGGCUGGCUCAGUGAGGAAUGCCUACCACACCAAGUAUGCAAUAGCCGCUGCAGAUCCUCCCUCUUGCUCAACCUUGAGAAAGGGAGUUUUUGGAGCAGGGGCAGCUUUCGUUUUCUUCACUUCCAUAGUCUCUGAGUUGUACUAUGUGUGCUAUUCAAAGGCCAGAGAAAGCUUCCAACCAUAUAAUAGAGAACCUGCUGUGGGUAUGGGAACCUACAAAUGAGCUUGAUUAAGUUGAUCAAUUUGUAGCCAUUACUCUGCAGAUAGAUGCGACUGUCUGGACUCCCUGCAUUGAUUUGCUUUUUCAAUUGCCUGUUUUGAGUUGCAUUUUGUGUUUUUAGGUCCAAAAUAGUUGGUGAUAACUUGCAUUCGAAGUCCAUAUUGAUGUUUUUUUCUCCCUUUCUCCCCUUCAAUGCUGCUGUGUAUUUUUUGUGCUGUCAUAUGUAUGAUUAUAAGGUGAUUGCUCGUGUUCAAAUAAGUGCAAAUAGAAUUGUUAAAGAUCCA